AUGUUUUACUGCACUCAAAGCAGCGCGUCUAUAUCGACGACAACUGUUUGGACGCCAGCUUUCAUUGGCAGUAGCAGCAGCAGCAGCACAACAGGCAAUCGAGAUCUUGCAACAUCCGGGAUACGAGCUCAGUCGCUUCUUUCGAUUGAUGGCAGCGAAGUGGAAUCCAAGAAGAUGCAGCUACAGCGCCGUUUUCAUUCCAGAAAGCAGCAGUUCAUUGUUGCCGGACUCGGUUCGCCCGUUUCUUUGCAACAUCCAUUAAUGCCAUCUCUAUUUGGGACUUAUGGAUUGGACAGAGGCCUAGAUGAGAAAAAAAAAUUUUGUUUCUUUUAUUUUUGCAAGAUUGAAUGA